UAACAAGUGAUAUUGUAUACAACCACAAUAAUUAGGUUUUACAUUAAAAUGAUAAUACAUUUCAAUCGAUUUUUGGUUCAAAUUCUUAUACUACAUGUAAACAAAUACCUAAAUAUAAAACUAACUAAUAAAAAUUCGAAAGAGUUCUCAUUGUUUAUUAAACGUCAUUCGUAGAUUGUCAAAGGAAACAUAACUACUAAUUUAAUAAUUCUACUUCUACUCAGUUAAGUUACACUCUGAAAAUGGCUUUAAAACCAACUUCAUGUAAGGAAGCUAUCGCGCGGUGGGAGAAGGCAAAGGAGGAAGUGGCCGCAGAAGCCACGGUGAUAGAGCUCCAGUUCCAGUGGCCACCCAUUGAGAAGAUGGACGGAGUUCUCUCCACACUAGUCGCUUGCGAGAAACUGAGUUUAUCGUCCAAUAUGAUCGACAAAAUAGCUGGUAUCGCAGGUAUGAAGAAUUUGAAGAUACUGUCCUUGGGCAGGAACAACAUUAAAUCUUUGGCAGGAAUUGAGACAGUCGCCGAUACACUGGAAGAGCUAUGGAUGAGCUACAACCCCAUAGACAAGCUGAAAGGCAUAGGAGCGAUGAAGGUCUUACGUGUAUUCUAUUUGUCAAACGCGCUCAUCAAGGAAUGGGUUGAAUUUAACCGUUUGCAGGAGUGUCCAGCCUUGAGAGACCUGGUGUUAAGUGGGAACCCUCUAUGCGACAGUCAGCCCGACGUUGACACCUGGAGAGCCCAAGCCGCCAACCGUCUCCAGCAGAUCACCAAACUCGACGGCAUUCCCGUCAUAAGAGAGUAACGCUCAUCUUAGAAUAAGCCAGGUGUUUCCAACGGUUCCAUAUCAGAAUCUAUCCCCCUUUGUUGGGAACUCCUGCAAUAAGCUCACGAGGUACGGUCGUUAAUUUAACUUAAAUAACAUACUAAUCUAUUACCUUAUUUUUAAUAUACCAUAUACUAAUAUAAAA